CCUUGAUGAGGGGUCUGAAAUAAUUCUCAUCUAGGACGAGGGAGGACCUGACCAGAAUGACCGUUUGGUACUCUCUUAUGAAAACAGGGGUCGGAUGCUGGAAACGGGAUGGCGCGGUGGUUGUCUUCCCCGAUCUAUACCAGCGGUCCGGAAAUGCCAGUAUCGGUCGUCCUCCCGAAGAUGGGACGUGGACGGAUCUUGAGCUAGCAUAUCAAACCGUAAUGCUGGAAAGGGAGGACGCGUUCCUUUGGAUAGAGACAAUAUGGGCUAAUGUCAGCUUGACAAGGUUGUCGCCAAGUUUAAUGGAUUUAGAGUUCCGAGGGACAAUGGAAGCCCGGGGGUGGGUCUACUUGUCGCAAGAUGGGGAGAAUGCAAUAGUCAUUGGGUUAACACUCGGGAAUACGCCGGACGAGUUGUUUAGGAAGGCAGAAGCGGAGGUUGUGUUGGCUACGUGUCAACGAAGGGAAAUGGAAAUGGAAAAGGUAGAUGUGUGGGUGGAACUUGGGGAUAGGGGAAGCAUGAGGCGACCCGUCAGAACCAUGCGAUGUGUGCUGCCUCCCUUCCUAGUGGAUGCGGUUUUUGGAACCCGAAGCAGGCUAGUACGGAUAUGCCAGUCCAUGACGAACCUCGGACUAUACCAGUGCGCUAGGCAAGACUUCUUUCGGUUGUCGGUAGAGAUGGGGCCGUUCGAGGGGAAUUGGGCGGAGGAGUUGGCUCAAAUGUUAAAUUGCGUUAGCGUGGACAAUGCUUUUGUCCCUAGCUCCGUGCAUUGGGGGAUAGUCUAUAGAAAUGUGGCAGUAGGGGAGACAUUUCUGGAAGGAGUGAGGGAGUUGUUCUACAAUGAAGAGGAUGACUUCAGUGAUGAGGACGAGGAUGAUGAGAUAGAGGACUGGGACUUCUAGGAGAGGAGGGUGACCUAGCCUAGGGGGAACGGGUGGCCUGGUAUUGUGCAGGGAGGGGAAAGAUGACUAGAGAGGAAAUGAUGAUGGAAUACACCUUCAAGGGAUGGGAACCAAGGCGGCUCAGAGGAGGAAUAGAAAUGCCCAUACCGACAGAAAACGAGUGGAGGGGGACCACCCGCGACUGGGUUGGGUUUGAGGUUGCGCGGAAGUUGUCAUAUGUAUGGAUAGAGCGGAUUUGGAACCCGAUAAGGGAAGAGGAAGGUUGGGACGAGAUAGCAGAGGGCAAAGUGGAAUCGGUCGGAACGAUUGUCCUUUCCGAAGACGGGUGGCGCCUAUUUUGCAC